UACAUAGAAGUGAAAAGAACGUAACCCGCAAAAUCACACAUCAAACGCACCCUCCCUUUCCCCGUUUCCUUCUCCCGCUUCCCAUCUCAAUCGGAAAUCCCCUCUUUAAACCCUAACUGCUCGAAAUUUCCUCUUACAAUCCAUCAAUCGACGACGAAAUUCUUCACACCAACCCAAUUCCAUCGUCUGAUUCUCCCAAUUUCCGUCCAGAAAUCCGCAAAAUAUACGCAUUUUCUAGGGUUUUCAAAUAUUUUGAUUUCCCCAUAUCAAUGAGAUGAUCGUGAAUUGCAGCGAACCCAACAACGGCCUAGACUCGAGUUCGAGAUCGGUGAACGAGACGGUGAAUGGCUCGCAUCACUUCACCAUCCGCGGAUACUCUUUGGCAAAGGGCAUGGGUCCCGGGAAAUAUAUUGCCUCCGAUACUUUCAGCAUUGGGGGAUAUGAAUGGGCGAUUUACUUUUAUCCGGAUGGGAAAAACCCCGAGGAUUCUUCGAUGUACGUCUCGGUUUUUAUUGCCUUAGCUAGCGAGGGCACUGAUGUGAGGGCCCUGUUUGAGCUUACGCUUUCCCAUCAGAGUGGGAAGGGGAAGCAUCCCCUGCAUAGUCAUUUUGAUCGGGCGCUUGAGAGUGGGCCGUAUACCCUUAAGUACAGGGGAAGCAUGUGGGGUUAUAAACGAUUUUUCAGAAGGACUUCUCUAGAAACUUCUGAUUUUCUAAAGGACGAUUGUCUAUCCAUGCAUUGUACCGUUGGAGUUGUUCGAACUCGUGUUGAGGGACCAAAAUCAUACAGUGUCAUCGUCCCCCCAUCAGAUAUGGGUCAAAGUCUCAAAUAUUUGUUGGAUUCUGAAACUGGGUGUGAUAUAACUUUCCAAGUCGGGGAAGAAUCAUUCAGGGCUCACAAGUUAAUUCUUGCAGCUCGUUCUCCUGUCUUUAGAGCCCAAUUUUUCGGGCUUGUUGGAAAUCCUAAUAGCGACAAAGUGGAAAUUGAGGAUGUUGAACCUUUCAUAUUCAAGGCUUUGCUCCAGUUUAUCUACUCUGACGAACUUCCCAGUUUUGAUGAAAUAAUGGACUCAACAACUACACCUUCUGCAAUAAUGAUGCAACAUCUAUUGGCUGCUGCCGACCGCUUUGGUUUAGAUAGGUUGAAACAAUUAUGUGAAGUGAAACUAUGUGAAGAGGUCAAUGCUGAAACAGUGGCAACAACUCUUUCCCUUGCGGAGCAGCAUCGCUGCCCACAGCUCAAGGCCAUAUGUUUAAAAUUUGCUGCAACAAACUUGGGAGGUGCGUGUAGUCCGUAGAUCUGAGCGGUGCAAUGUUUUCAGUGGUCAUGCAGUCAGAAGGGUUCCGACACUUGGAAGAGAGCUGUCCCUCACUGUUGUCAGAACUGCUGGAAACAGUUGCAUCCGUGGACGAGAAGCCGAAUAGUGUGUCUGGUAAUAAUAAGAAAAGGAGUGGCAGCAGUAUUUUUGGGCUUGACCUGGCGGCAGAUGGUGUGGCAGAAUCCGUGAAUCCUAACGGCCGGCGUCUGAGGAGGCGGGCUUAGUAUUCUUUUGAACUACUUGUUUAUAAUAGUAGAGUCUCUAGCUCUAUCUCUAUCUCUAUCUCUGGCAUUUUCAUCAGUGAAAAACUAUAAACACUCUAAUUAAUGCUUUCUUUCAUGACAUUUGUUACUACUAUGUUUCUAAUAUCUGCAUUUCUUUUCUUGUCCA